AUGGAAGGAACAGCAGAAUCUGCUAUUUCCGGCCUUAUGCUUUCCCAUGAAAAUUAUGAUGUAGCUAUCUCAAUAUUGAAGAAACAAUUUGGAGAUGUGCAGUCUGUAAUAAACAAACAUUACAUGGACCUCAUCAACAUUAAGCCUGCAUUCAAUAACACUUCCAGUCUCCGUAGAUUAUUGGAUGAACUAGAAAAACAUAUGCGUAGUCUAGAAGCCUUGGAACAGGAUGUACAUCAAGAUGUCUUUGUUUCCAUGAUAAUAACAAAGUUACCAAAAGAAGCCAGAUUACAAUUAGAAAUACAGAAAGGAAAGAAAGAAAAGUGGACUGUGCAAAAGCUGAGAAUAUUUCUUGAUAAUUACAUAGUAGCUAGAGAGUCUACAGAUAUGGACAACCUAGACUCUCAUGAGAAACAACAUUCAAGAAAAACUUCAUUACCUGGAAUGUCAUAUCCAGGCCAUCUGAGCAAAGACUGCAAAGUAGACAAACCAUGUGUCCAUUGCCAUCAGACAAAGAAACAUCAUCGAAGUCUCUGCAAUAAGAAGAUACAGCUUUUGAGAAAAACCUCACACUUUGUUGAAGCAGAGAUUUAUGAUUCUGAACCAGUUAACAGUGUUACAGAAAACAGUCUACUCUCCUCAGGUAGUAUGCUGCUAAUGCAGACUGCAAGAAUUGAUGCAUCAGAUCUGAAAGGAAGGAGAGUUGAAUCUGUAAGAAUUUUGAUGGACUCUGGGUCUCAGAGAACAUAUGUUACUGAGGAAUUAGCUUCAAGGUUGAAUUUGCAGAUUAAAAGAACAGAAGAAAUAUCACUCAUCACCUUUGGAUCAACGAAACCAAAGAUAGUAAAAAUUCCAAAUGUAUCUUUAAGAAUUAAACUAAAGGAUGGGCACUGCAUGAGAAUUGACGCAAAUGUUGUGCCUCAAAUAAGUGGAUCAAUACAUAGAAGACCGUUGCCACCUAAGAUCACUAAAAAGAUGCAGCACCAAUGGAAACAUUUACAAUUUGCUGAUACUCUACCAAAAACUACAGAGAAUUCAACCAUAGACAUCCUUAUUGGAAAUAACUAUUAUCUUGAUUUAGUAUCAUCAGAGAAAAUUGAAAUUAACCCUGGACUUUACUUACUAUCAUCAAAGCUAGGAUGGAUUCUCACUGGAAGAACACAAGAAAAAUUUGAGGCGUCCAGAGAUCAUUUACAUGAAAUGCUGAUUGUAAAUGGAAAUAACUCAACAACAGAAUAUUGUCUUCAUUCCUCCGUCGAUCAGUGUUUGCCCUUGAAGCCAUCAUUGGAUGAAUAUUGGAACUUGGAAACGAUUGGAAUCAAAGACCAGCCUCACUCAUCAGAUGAUGACAAGGCUUUGAAAAACUUUACUGAUACAAUAAAACUAGUCAAUGACAGAUACCAAGUCACUUGGCCAUGGAAAGAUGAGCAACCUGAACUCCCAGAGAACACAGAACUUGCUUUUGGAAGGUUGAGAUCUUUAAUUCAAAAACUUAAAAAGAACCCUAAGCUACUUCACAAAUAUGAUGAAAUAAUUCAGGAGCAGUGCAAGCAAGGCAUCAUUGAGAAAGUGACAAAGAACAGUGAAGUAAAGAAUAGUGUCAAACACUACAUACCCCUUCAUGCUGUUAUUGAUCCAACAAAACCUACCACAAAAAUGCGGAUCGUUUAUGAUGCAUCAGCAAAGUUAAAACCAGAGUAUAACAGCCUUAAUAAAUGUCUUUACUGA